AGAGGGCAGGGAAAAGCUAAGCGAUUUAUCCAAUGGUAUAUAAGUAGAAGCAAGACCACUCCGCAACUAUAAUGCUGAUGUAAGGAGAACAGCACCGAAUUGCAAACCAAUACCACUGAAAAGAUGUCCAAGCUCGUUUUGAUUAUUUUCACUUUGGUGAUCCUGGCCACUAUCUUGAGCCACCAUUCAGUUCAAUCAGAACCUUGCACAUGCAAAUUCUACAAAAAGAACAUUGUAACCUUGAAGACACAACAUUCCUCUGCUGCUAAUGGACAGUAUACUUGCAGAAAAAUCAACGUUAAAAGCCAGAAGUCAUCUAAAAACAAGAAGGGAGACGAUGCUUUCUACAGUGUUUCCAUCCCUUUUAAAUGACAAUCAUCUCAUUUAAAAGUAAAUUGAAGCUGAAAAACAAGACUCCUUACUGUGUAACAUUCAACUUAAUCCAUCUUAUAUGUGUAUAUAUUCUUUAUAUGUAACUGAUCAAAUAAUCAUUUCGACAUGAUCAUUUUCUGAUAUUUUUUAAUGUACUGGUUUCUAGUUCUUCUGCAUGUCUUUCAUAUAAAAUAUAUGUAAGUAAAUUCUUAAAAGACAUUAAUAUGUCCAAUAACCGUGUACAUUCUUUGUGCUAUCAUUUCAGAUUAAAUUUAUUGAUUAAAUGUAUGAUAUAUGGAUGGUUGUUGUUUUUCUGCUUAUCUGCUUUUGUCUUUACCUCUUAAACAGGGUGUUGUGAAACUCUGAUAUAAUGUUUAUCUGGGUGAUGGUUGGUUUUUCCAGAUUCAAGCCCAAACAAUAAACAUGUUUUAGCAAGUUUGAGUCGACAUGGUUGAAAACACACUUUCGGUGCAUCUCUGUCAUGCAUAGCACUUUCUAUCUGAAAGUGCUAUCAGCACAGCUCCUGGUCGCUCGUGACAUUCUCACUGGCCCUUAUGUUUGUGCUGCAUGUGAAGAUGAGGAACAAUACAAUUUUCUGGCUGUUCGUGAUAGUGUUUAAGAAAUCAGCAUGGCUUUAAAAAACAAGAAGUCGAAAGGAUAUACAGAAGGAAUCUAUGGAAUCUCAGUCAACAGAACCGUAGUCCCUUUUUUAAGUAAACACAGACCACAUGAUCACACACUUGUCAGAAGGGAGAAGGUUCUGCCAAACAGAUUUGACAUGGAAUUAUAUCCUGUUGAAUUAACAGCUAUAAGCUCUCAGCCUGGUACAGUUCCUGAUGGUAAAUGGAGUACAGGACUGUGUGAAUGUUGGGGGGACAUGGGUGACUGUUGCUUUGCACUCUGGUGUUUGCCUGUGUUUGCAUGUAAGACAAGCAGAGCUGCAGGAGGAUGUGUGUGUCUGCCUUUACUGGAUUGUGUGAGCUGUGUGCCUCCAGCGUCCCUCGCUAUGCGUGCUGCAGUAAGAGAACGCUAUGGCAUAGAGGGCAGUCUCUAUAGCGAUUGUUUCUACGGCUGCUGUUGUUAUCCUCUGUCCUGGUGCCAGAUCUCCAGAGAGAUUAAGCGGAGAGCAGCUGCACUGUCCAAUGCUCACUCUUCCUCACGCUCUUCAUCCUCAUCUAAAAGAUGGCGUGUGCCACUGGUUCAUUUGUCUAAUGCUCACCUUGUGUAGAAGACAAGCACACACAAAUACUCACACACACACACACACACACACACACACACACACACACACACACACACACACACACAGAGACUUCUUUCAUUACAGUAAAUGACAGCAUGCUCUAAACGAUUAUCGUAUAAUAACAGCAGAGAUUAAGAAGCUGGUGAAUGGAUAGUGUGUUUUUGUAAAUCUGCUGACUGAUACGUGGUCUAUCCAGUUAUCCAAAAAGAAAAUGUGUCACUUAAGCACCCAAGAUGGGUUUGACUGAUUGGGCUUGACAGUCAAAAAAUGUGGCAUGACACAAUUUAUUCACUAGUCGUGAACUUUUCCCUACUGAAUUACUGAAGAAUACAAGCUUUCUAUGUAUGACAGUCUUAUGAAUGUGCACUGUUAACUUAUGGUGUGUGGACAUGUAUGUAUACAUGUGUUAUAUCUGUGAUCUGUUCCUGUUUAAAGACUGUUCCAGUUACUCCUCCUUUGUAUUUGUUGUAUGUCUAUAAAUAUUUGAUAUUGAUAUUUCAAAUCCAGACUCCAAGCUGAAACUACUGGGCCCUUGAGAAAGUCCUAUAACAAUAAAUUGCUCAAUUGUAUAAAUUAGAUAAAUUGUAAUCCGCUCUGGAUAAGAGCGCUGCCAAAUGCCAUAAAUGUAAAUGUAAAUGUUUUGUUUGUUCGCUGACAUCCGGUGAUCUUUCAUGUCUAAAUAAAAUGUAG